AUGACGACAGCGCGUGCGCUGUUGGCGGCGGAGCAGCUCGCGGACAGUCCCUCGCGCAGGGAUGACAUCUCCGCGGAGAAGGAGGCUCGGUAUCGCCGCGAGGGUGCCGUCUUUAUUCGCCAAAUGGCCCAGGAGCUUGACAUCACAGCGGCCAACACCAUCGCCACCUGCAUAUGGCUCUUUCAUCGCUUCUAUGUCAAGCAUUCUUUCAAAAACUAUAAUCGCUGGAACGUGGCUGGUGGAUGCUUCUUCGCCGGUCUCAAGGCUGAAGAGCAACCAAAACGCUGCAAGCAAGUGGUUCCCGUCUUUGCACAAUUAAAGGCCCGCCGAGCCGGCCAGCCCUUUGACAACUCGGAAAAGGUUGGCCUGUCGGCACGCCUCGGCUGUACCGAACCAACGCCUGCACCAACGCUGCCAACUCACACAUCUCUGGUGGCGUGCUGCGCCCGUGUGCCAAAGCAGCAAUAUUUGGAGCAGCGCGAGCGCUUACUGGCAUUUGAGCGAUUCGUCCUUCAAGAGCUCGAGUUUGACUUGCAUGUCGACCACCCCUUCCCAAUCUUGUUCGACCUCGCCCAGCGCCUCGAGUCGGGUUGGUCCUGUUUCAAACGGUCAUCUGGUCGCUACAACCUGUGUGUCCCCUUAUUUUAA